GCAUUCACGUUGCCCGUUGAACAAUAGACCUUAUUGCAUCUACAGACUUCAGGUUAAGAAAUAGGAGAUUGGCCUUUCAUGUUACCCUCUCCUUUUGAGAAUGAUAGAGGGGUGGAUCAAUUAUCCAUCGAGUAUUGAACUGUUUGCCAAUAGGUCUAGCACUAUCAUAAAAAAAUAGUAUUACCUUUUUUUUUCCUUUAAUUUUGUAAAGAACAAUUAUAAUAAAGUGCAGUGGUUCAUCUAUUAAAUGUUCAAAUGAUUUACAACAACUAGCCACUGGAUCCUGGCUUGAUGGCCUUGCACGCUAAUUCAUCUUAUGUAGUUUAUUAGGAAAGCACAUGAGUGCAGCUUCCACCCUAAACAACGCAAAAUUCAAGUUACUUGAUAGAGAAACAAUUACGUUGACUUUAACCUUUAUUUAUUGUUGAAGUAUGAGCUCUUUAUUAAGUUCAUAGUGAUUCAAUUGACUUCAUCGCCAUCACUUUUCCCGUAAAAUGCUUCAAACAAGCUGUAACCAUUUUCCCCGUAAAAUGCAAAUGCUCUUCCUCAUUUUUUUCUUCCUAAUCAGCCAGUCUUUCCAAGAAAAUUUACAAUUUUCAAGCGCGGAACAGUCCGUAUUGCUAAAAUUGAAACAACACUGGAGCGGUUCGGAGUUUCUCCAAUCAUGGAAUUUAAAUUCUUCAGCAUGCAAUUGGUCAGGAGUUUCUUGCAUUGAUGACAAGGUAGUGACAGAGCUACAUCUUGGAGGAAAGAAAAUUACCGGAACAAUUCCAUCAAUAAUAUGUCAACUCAACAACCUUACUUUCAUUGAUCUCUCCAACAACAACAUUUCAGGAACUAUACCAGUAAGCCUGAAAGAUUGCUCAAUGCUACAACAUUUGGACUUGUCCAAUAAUUCUUUGAGAGACCGGAUUCCAGGUGAGUUGUUCGGGAAGGAACAAUUACUCUAUUUGUAUCUUAAUGGUAACAUGUUGUCUGGUGAGAUGCCAAAGCAAAUAUCAGAAUCCGAACUAAAAUAUCUUUAUCUCUCUGAGAACUACCUGAACGGUUCGAUACCAAAAGAUAUUGGGAACUUGAAAAAUCUUGUGAAAUUGGACCUGUCACAUAAUUCUCUAAGUGGUUCAAUUACAAAUCAGUUGUUUCAGUUGCAUCAUUUGCGACACCUGUCACUAAGUUCCAAUUACUUGUCCGGUGUGAUACCUAAUGAAAUGGACUUGUUUAGUUUGUAUGACAUGGAUCUUUCUCAUAACCAAUUGACUGGUUCUAUACCAAAGGGAUUUUGGGAUUUACCUGGAUUGCAUGCUCUUGAUUUGUCUUAUAAUCAAUUAUCAGGAGACAUUUCGGAAAAUAUAGAACAUCUUAGGCCUAGAAAUACUUUAAGGCUUUGUUCCAACAAAUUCUCAGGGAGAAUUUCUGCUGAAUUUGUUAAGCUAACACAUGAAGAGAAUUGCUUUGACGAGUCGAAUCUUUGUACUACAUCCAAGAACUUAUCUAUCUCUGGCCUACCAAGCUGCUCCGCUGGUGGUGAGGUUGGAAAUAUUUCGAGAUCAAAACACUUGAUUAUUAUAAUUCCUGUUGUAGGUGUUGUAAUAGCUAUACAGCUAAUAUGGAUCUUUUACAUGGUCAGAAAGCAUUGGGGGAAAAAAGAGUGCAUAUAUAUGCAAUUAGCAUGGAUCUUUUCGUUGAUCAGAAAGCGUAGUUCAAAAACAAAGAAGCAGAAUGUCAAAGAUGACUUGAAGUUUAUUUCAUUUCAAAAGUUGAAGGUGACUAUGGAAGAUAUUUUGUCUAGCUUGAAAGACGAAAACAUAAUAGGUAAUGGAGGAUCAGGUAAGGUCUAUCGAGUUGUGAUUGACCAAACAGGCAAUACUUAUGCUGUUAAAAGCAUAGGGCAUGGACAAAAAACAGGUGGAAGACCCCAAAAGGAGUUCCUGGCAGAAGUUAGAAUACUUGGUAGCAUUCGACACAACAACAUUGUCAAGCUCAUGUGUUGCAUAUCAAGUGCAGAUAGAAAGCUUCUAGUCUAUGAAUACUUUGAAAAACAAAGCCUGGACAAGUGGCUUCACAGAAAGAAACGAGCAGUAUCAUCUAGUCAAAGUAGUACCCCGGCCCUGGAUUGGCGAAAGAGAUUAAAUAUAGCCAUCGGUGCAGCUGAAGGACUCUGCUAUAUGCACCAUCAUUGCCCUCGACCCAUCAUUCAUAGAGACAUAAAGUCCAGCAAUAUCCUUCUGGACUCCGAAUUCAAUGCAAAAAUAGCAGAUUUUGGACUAGCAAAAAUACUAGCCAGGCGGGAUGAUGAUCCUGAGACGGCUUCUCCUAUUGCUGGAACAUUUGGUUACAUUGCACCAGAGUAUGCCUCAACAUUCAAAGUGAAUGUAAAGACUGAUAUAUAUAGCUAUGGAGUGGUGCUUUUAGAAUUGACAACAGGGAGAGAAGCCAUUAUCCGGGAUGAGCAAAUCAAUCUAGCACAAUGGGCUCUACAGAGUUACAGAGAGGGGAAUUCCAUUCUCGAGGCCCUUGAUGAAGAAGUCAUGGAAAUAAGUAAUUUGGAACAAAUGAGAAGUGUUUUUAAACUAGGAGUGAUGUGUACUGGAGCAUCACCAUCUGGUAGGCCAUCAAUGAAAGAGGUUUGCGAUGUUCUCCAAAGCUGUUGAGACCCCAAUUUUUGAGGGAGUAGCAUGUGUAGUUCUUAUAUUGACAAACAUAGUUGUAAUUUGUAAACAAAAUAGGAUGCAAAAGCCAUGUUGGUAACUAUAUAUAUCUUCCAGCUUUAUGCACUCUUGACAGUCCUAUGCUUUGUAAACUUCACUGAUAUACUAACGGAACAGUACAUUUGUAUCAGACAGAUCAAUAUAUAGCUCC